AUGGCUCCAGCCAAAUAUAAGUGAGUUUUUGAGGGGACUAAUUGGAUGACUUAUGGUCUUUGAGAGAUCAAGUGCUUGGUUUAGGAUUUCCGAGGAACGCAAGUUGGACAUUUUAGAAAUUUGGCAAAAUCACAAAAAUUGGAGACCAAUUAAGAAAAGAGGAUAUCCCAAAUAAGACGCUCAAUCCUUUUUUUAAAUUUUGCGCUCGCAUCUAACAUAAAAGACCAGAUGGGUGAGAAAAAAUUGCCCAUAUCUUUGCCAGAUUCGUGGGAGAAAAAUUGAUUUUUUUUUUGAGGAAACAUUGCCCUCCAUGGUAGAAAUAGGCAUGACCUUUUUUUGCCAACUUCCGACAGAAAAUCAUAAAAAAGUCACUUUUACAAAGCGCGAGAAUCUCGUAUAUGUCAUAGAGAAAAGUGAUUCUUUUCCAAGUUUUAUCAAAAUCUGAGCGUCGCAAUUGGGGCACUUUUCGUAAGUCCAAAAAAUUUUCAAUUGGGUUCCACAAAAUUUCCGGAGGCGUUCAGUGAUCUUAGCGACUAAUUUUUUUAAUGUUUGGCCUUUUUUGCUGCAAAAUAUUAUUUCUGUUAUGCGCUGGCUAAAACCUUUUUUCCGACUCAAAAUACGUCCUACUCCUACCGCCAAUUGACACAAGAAUUCACAAACGUUUUUGCUUGUAAACUCUUAUUUAGCAAAACCUAGUCACCUCUAACUCAAAAAUUUUUAGUGUCUACAAGGCCUCUCUGUCCUCCUGGAACCGUAAUGAAGACUCCUCACCUCCAGUUGACGACACAAUUGUCACCUUUGUGAUAUGCGGGUUUAUUUUGCUUUCAUUACUCCUAUGUUUCUGCUACACCGAGGACAAGUUGAAGAAUUGGAAAUUGAUGAGGAAGAGGAAGCUGACGGAAGAAGUGGCUAUCAUCGAUGCAAAUCAGAAUCUUCAGGGCUCUGUCGAAAUUCCCGCGGCUUGA